GCGGGAAGUGGCAGCAAGGCCCUAUUUAUGCCUCAGAGGUGACGGUACGAUUGUUGCGUAGGAGAUGGCCGCAGCUGGCGCCCUUGCUGAAGCCUUUGGCCAUUGGACCCAUACACCGCAUUCAACUAGGCAGUGCUGGCGGGCUGGAGGUUGAAGUAUCCCUGGUCGACGCGAAUCACGUGCCGGGCUCGGUUAUGCUCAUCUUAGCAGGAUUCUUCGGAAACUUGCUCUACACUGGCGACUUCCGCCUUCACGACCAGCACACUCACCUUUCGACAUCCCCGCUUCUUGUGCGUCCGAAUGCUACCCUUGAGCGCAUUUUCUUGGACAACACCUUUUGCCAUCCACAGUUCCAUCACGCUCCACGUUCAGAGGUGGCUAAGCAUAUCGCAAAGCGGCUGAUAAGCAAGUGGCCGUGCAUAGCAUACGUGAUGGUGUACAAACUGGGCAAGGAGUCUUGGCCAAAAACUAUGGGAGUUUCCACAAGGCAGGGGCCCCAUCACUGUACACCCUACAGUCAAAAUUCGAGAAGUCCCUAA